CCUUUGAAGUUCAAAGGCGAUUUCUAACCGACGUUUUUGCGCUGUCUAAAUUUCUUGAGAUAAAAUCUCACUCUAAAAGAGUAAAAUUACUCUUGUAACCGACAUUUUUGCAAAAAAUUUAUUUCUUCGCGUAAUGAUACGCGUAUCGAUACGCCUAUCGCACAUCCACUAAGAAUGGGAACAAAGCUGCGAGCUGCGAGUGCAAUACCCCCUACCAUUCACGUCUGUUACCGUCCUCGGCCCAUAACGGUCGCCCCGUCUGAAUCGAGUGAACGGCGAGCAAACAGUCGUUAGUCCUAGCGUGUUAGCGUCGUCGAUCGCAGACGGCGAAUGCGUGCGCUGUGCGCCAUCCUCCCGACAUCUUGAUCUUUGUCGUCGCGUCGUUUCCCGCUCGUAUUCUUUUCCCAAAUGGCCAGGGACCAUCAAAGGAUAAUCUUACUCGUCGUCCUGGCGAGCGCAGGCUGCGUCUUUGGAAUCGGUAUAAACGACGCGAUCGAUCUGAUCAGGUUGGGUCGCCAAGCCGUGGUGGACGUGUUGGAAUCCUGGGAGAUGAUCAACUCGAGUUUACCUUCUGACAUGAAGGCCGGCGAAGAGCUUGUAUUCAUGAAAAUGAUGGAACGUCAACUACUUAAGCGGAUGGAUCAGGUCUCCAAGAAGAUCGAUGAAUAUCAGGCGCUCGUGGAGGACAAAAGCGAUACGAUUCUGUCGCAAUUGCUGUUGCAACUUCCUAUGCAACAUAGGCUCGACGACAGCCUGAAGGAACUGGAUCAUUACCUCGGUCAAGUGCAGGAGCUGUACACACUCUUCGAGAUGUACGCUGACAAUCCGGACAAGUACGAGAAGUACACAAUGUUGCAAUUUGCCAAGACAUGCGUGUCGCCAAGACUGGGAGAGUUACCGGACGUUUUAAAGUCGAUACACAGGCUCAUGGUGCCGUCCGAGCAACAGGUGUACAACAGGAGCAUCCUCGUGCUUCUAGCUAAUCAGAUGCAGGAAGCAUCGAACCAAAUGUGCAAUGAGAUGCAAUCGCCGCAGCAACUGCUGUACAAUUUGUAUAAUGUCGUGGCGUUGACGGAGAUCAAGGGUUACACUAUGAUUCAAUUCUCAUAUAUGCUAUUACGUCUGUACAACGAAGGCAAUAACUUUAGCGAGGAAAUACAGACGUUGAAACACCAAUACGCGAUAAGAACGUCCGAGACAUUAAGAGCCGUAAAAACUGCAAUGGCAUACGCCCCGAGAAGUCUUUGGAGGUGCGAUCCACGUGUACAUAAAUUAGAUGAAACCUAUACCGAGUUGAAGCAACUGUUCCAAGGAUAUAUCGUAAAUGAAGUGGAUUUAAACACUGAAAACACGUGCAAGGAGAACUGCGCUUAUUAUGGAUACACUAAGGUGUACGGUUGCUAUCAGAAUCAGUUUUGUUCGAAACAACGUAAAUGUAAUGGUAAGAUAUUGCAUUGCGAGUACAUUGAUUCCGACAUGUGGAUCUGCCCCGCGGGCAGAAACAGUACUAGGCGAUACGAAUAUAUAGAAUAUGAAAAUGGUCUUCAUUAUGGAAACUCAAAAACGUGUCCCGAAGGAACAACUAAAGUCGACAGCUGGUGGCGAUGGCUUUUCUGGCAUUGUAGCUACUGUUUUUGCUACUGCGACGAUCAAAAUUCAAAUUCCGAUCGAUAUUUCAGUCUCCGAUCUGUGAUGUCUGAUAUUUCAAACAACAAAGUCAUAACAGGAAUAAGACUGAGGAAGAUAAAUCAAAUUAUUCAUAUACAAAUCCAAGAGGGUCAGUUACUUCCACGUGGAGGAAUUGAUGUAUCAACAAUCGAAUGGCAACCAGUUGAUGUCUUUUCAAUCAUGGACUCUCACAUUAGAAGCGGCGUUGACUAUCAUACAAUAGUAUGGGAAAAACGCGCUUUAGAUCUCGAUAAUCUGUUGGCAAAACCAGAUCAUCUGUUGACAGGCGUUAGAUUCCGAAUGGUUGGUAGCCGUCUAAAUUUGGAAAUAAUGAUAACUCCAUUCAACUUCACAUCCGGAUCGUUAAUUCAACCCGAAGAAAAGAGCUUUUGGCAUAGUAAUGACGUUACUGACAGAACUGAGCUGAAAUACACCGAUCCCGAUAUACCGAUUCACAGUUUCGUACCAAAUGAACCGGACACCGAAGAAAAUCAAUAUUUGAACUUCGCACCGAGCGAUCGACGAAAGGACGCCGCACAAAGUACGAUUCCCUUCCUUGAUGUUCAACCAGUCAUACCGAAUCCGCCGGUGCCGUUGGCGGGCGCUGGUAUCUUUCACAAGGGUCGAAAGGGUUCGGGUGGAUUCGUUGCUUUGAAAUUAACUACCUACGACUUCGCGCCGCACUUACAAGCUGAUCUGCCACCGGCGCCGCCGGUUCUCGAAACUCCGAACGAGAUAAAAGCCACGUAGAAAUAUUAUAUCUUUCACUUUAUCGAAAUAACGAUUAAAGAACCUGUGAUUUGCCAAGGACCUCAAUAUACGUAUCGAGGUAAAAGAAGAUAUGUACCGAGUUAUUGCAUACGAAAUGUUGACUUUCGAAUAUUUCAG